GCUAAAAAAAUAGAUCAUCAAAAUCAUUUUUUUAUCAAGUAAAUAAUAAUGUCUAAAUACCGUCUAAUAAAAUACUAAAUGACGUCGUUUUUUUUACGGGAAAAACAUGAAGAGCUAACGAGUGAUGGAAGAACAUGCUUCUGAUCUUCCGAACAAAGAUUCUUUCCAACAAGAACUGUGCAGCUUCUUGCACCACUCAUCUUUCCGAACGAUUUGGAACAAGUUGCGAGGCUUCUCCUUCGCCAUGCGGACCAAAGAGCACGGCUUUAGAUUCUGUUACUUACACGAAACUCGUUCAGACAGCCGCCAAAUCGGGUUCCAUGGUUCUGGGAAAACUCGCCCAUGCCCGUAUGAUCAAGACAUCUUUCAAUCCGUGCCUGUUCUUGCUCAACAAUAUGCUCAACAUGUACAGCAAGUGUGGGGAACUGGGCUUCGCACGCUACCUGCUCGACGGAAUGCCUCAGAGAAAUAUAAUCUCGUUCAAUUCUCUGAUUUCUGGGUACACCCAGAUGGGUUAUCACGAUCGUGUCAUGGAUUUGUUUGUUGAAGCUAGAGAAUCUGGAUUGAAGCUUGAUAAGUUCACCUAUGCUGGUGCUUUGAGUGUUUGUGGAGAAAGCUGUCAUCUUGAACUGGGAAAGGUGCUUCAUGGACUGGUUACUGUCAAUGGAUUGGCUGAACAAGUGUUUCUGAUCAAUGUGUUGAUCGAUAUGUACUGUAAGUGUGGGAAGCUGGAUGAAGCUAGGUACUUGUUUGAUAAUUCGAAGGAGCUGGAUCAAGUUUCAUGGAACUCUUUGAUUUCUGGUUAUGUUCGGAUUGGUGCAACCAAAGAACCGUUAAAUCUUUUGGCUGAAAUGCAUAGAAAUGGUCUAAAGUUGACUACUUAUACUCUAGGGAGUUCGCUCAAGGCGUGUUGCUUAAAUUUUGAUUACGAAUCGAUGGCUCAAGGGAUGGCGAUUCAUGGGUACGUAACAAAACUGGGGAUGGAAUCGGAUGUGGUAGUUGGUACUGCAUUGCUUGACAUGUAUGCUAAAAAUGGAAGGUUGAAAGAUUCGGUCAAGAUUUUCAACCUCAUGCCCGACAAGAAUGUGGUUAUGUAUAACGCAAUGCUUUCAGGGUUUCUUCAGUUGGAUGAUAUAACCGAUGAAUCUGUAAUUGAAACCUUUGAACUCUUCAUGGAAAUGCAAAGGCGGGGACUGAAACCAUCAGCAUCAACACUUUCAACCAUGCUAAAGGCUUGUAAUGUGGUGAAAGCAUUGGAGUAUGGAAAGCAAAUCCAUGCCCUUGUAUGUAAGAACAACUUUCAGGCUGAUGAGUUUAUUGGAAGUGCUCUAAUCGAGUUGUAUGCUCUGUUGGGUUCAACGGAAGACGGGAUGAAAUGUUUUGGUUCAACAUCAAGGCGAGAUAUUGCCUCGUGGACAUCAAUGAUUGAUUGCUUCAUUCAGAACGAGCAGUUCGAAAGUGCGUGUGAUCUGUUCUGUCAACUUUUCUUGUCUGGAGUAAAACCAGAAGAGUUUACUGUUUCACUCAUGUUGAGUGCUUGUGCAGACUUUGCUGCCUCGAGAAUGGGAGAGCAGCUUCAGGGUUAUGCCAUAAGAAGUGGAAUCGAUAACUUUACCUGUGUCAAGACCUCAACCAUCUGUAUGUACGCAAAAUCGGGAAACAUGCAGUUUGCUAAUAAAAGCUUCAGAGAGGUGGCGAAUCCCGACAUUGCGACAUACUCUGCUAUGAUUUGUAGCCUUGCACAGCAUGGGCUUGGCAAUGAUGCAUUAGACCUCUUCAAGUCAAUGCCAAAUCAUGGGCUCAAACCAAACCACCAGACGUUUCUUGGAGUUUUAAUUGCUUGUACCCAUGGAGGACUGAUUACAGAAGGAUUGAAGCUUUUUGAAGGCAUGAAGAAGGAUUACGGGAUAAACCCAGACGAGAAGCAUUUCUCCUGCAUCGUUGACCUUCUUGGACGAGCUGGGAGAUUAUCAGAAGCCGAGAAUCUGAUCCUGAGAUCGGGUUUUCAAGACCAUCCUGUGAUGUGGAGGGCAUUGCUGAGUUCUUGCAGGGUUUACAAGAACAGCGUUAUAGGGAAACGAGUAGCGGAAAGGUUGAUCGAUCUUGAACCAGAUGCCUCUGGAACAUAUGUAUUGCUGUAUAACAUAUACAAUGAAGCUGGGAUCGAAUCUUCAGCUGAGGAAGUGAGGGAACUGAUGAGGGGUCGAGGGGUUAAGAAAGAACCGGGCAUGAGCUGGAUUGAGAUAGGCAGCGAGCUUCAUUCUUUCAUGGUCGGAGACUGGUCUCACGGGUCGAGCCAGAUGAUCUACACAAGUUUGGAACAGCUGUUUGAGAACUUGAACUCGACUGGUUUUGAAGAUGAAACUUCUGUGUAUGCUUGUUCUUUGACUUGAAAGAUAAGUUGUCCUGGUCGUGUAUUGGUUGUUUUUCUGAAACUUCUUCACAGAUUCUUUUCAUUGUAUCAGUCAUAUAUAUAUAUAUAUAUAUGGAUAAUGGACCAAA